ACCGCUGCAAGUGCAAGCCUGUAAAAGCUACCCAGAAGACCUAUCUACGCAACAACUACAACUACGUCAUUCGAGCUAAAGUGAAGGAAGUGAAGACUAAAUGUCACGAUGUCACUGCAGUAGUGGAAGUAAAGGAGAUCCUGAAAUCUUCCCUGGUGAACAUCCCAAAGGACACUGUAAACCUUCACACGAACUCUGGCUGCCUGUGCCCACCACUCAGUGCCAAUGAAGAGUACAUCAUUAUGGGCUACGAGGACGAGGAGCGCUCCAGGUUACUCUUGGUGGAAGGCUCCAUAGCUGAGAAGUGGAAGGAUCGUCUUGGUAAAAAAGUAAAGCGCUGGGAUCAGAAACUGCGCCACCUGGGCAAGGGGAAGGGAGAGCCUGGACACAGCGACUCGGCUGCGAGGCCUGGCAAAGCCAGCAGUGCCCGGCAAGCACGCAGUUAGAUGUGGGAUGCCACACGGUGACAUGCAAGGGACUAUCUACCAAGACUUCAUUGUUGGAGCAGCAAAGGAGAAAUUGCACUAUUGCACGUUAUAUUCUAUUGUUUACUACAAAAUAAUGUUUUAGCUUAUAUUAGUUUUUAUUCUCCCUCUUGUUUUCUGCCUUUGGUUUGGGGUUUUUUUUGGAUGUGUGCAAGCUCUGGAAAUAUAUAUUUUUUUUCUGUUGCUAAGAGCUGUAGAAAGCUGCCCUUUUGAGAUGGAGAAAGACAAGGACAUAUCCAAUUUACCAUUUUAUCUCCUGAAUCUUCUU